AUAGCUGACAAUGGUUCGAGAAGAGAGAAACAGAAAGAGAGACAGAUCACCUGAGAAACCCAGGGACCGGUCACCGAUAAGGGAGAGAGGGAGGGAGAGGUCCAGAAGUAAGGAGAGAAAGGAGAGGGGAAGGAGUAAGGAGCGAGCUAGGAGCAAGGAAAGGCCAAGGAGCCGGGAAAGGGCUCGUAGUAAAGAUAGGGCUCGAAGCAAAGAACGAGACAGAAGUCGGGAGAGGGACCGUGGAAAGGACCGUGGACUCGAUCGUGGACAGGACCGUGGACAGGACCGUGGACUCGACCGUGGACAGGACCGUGGACUCGACCGUGGACUUGACCGUGGACAGGACCGUGGACAGGACCGUGGACAGGACCGUGGACAGGACCGUGGACAGGACCGUGGACAAGACAAAAAGGAAAGGAGACGAAGUAGAGAGAGAAGUAGGGAACGGGACAGAAGGAGAAGCCGAGACAGAUCACCAACAGGCCAAGAUGACAAGAAUGGAGCAGUAGAAGAAGAGGAAAAGGAAGAACUGAAACCUAAAAGAGAGCCACUUUCCUUGGAGGAACUUCUAGCCAAGAAAAAAGCAGAGGAGGAAGCGUUAAAAAAACCCAAGUUCUUGACAAAAGAAGAAAGAGCAAAGAUUGCAUUGGAAAAACGUCGAAAACAAGUUGAUGAUCAGCGCGCAGUUCACGAUACAGAUCGACAAAAGAGGCAGGAGUUUGAUAAGGUCGUGGAGGAAAGUACCAUGAGUAGAAGAAGAAGAAGAGAGGAGGAAGACAAGACUGUUGAGAAGAGAUUAGCCGAGAAAGAUGAACAGAAACAACUAGAAAGCAUCAAAGAUCAUUACCUUAGUAUUAAAAAGAAGCGAAGAAGAGUAAGGAGACUGAAUGACAGGAAGUUUGUGUUUGAUUGGGAUGCCACAGACGACACUUCAGUAGACUACAAUCCACUUUAAGAGAAACAUCAGAUUCAGUUGUACGGGCGUGGUCAUAGAGCGGGUAUAGACUUGAAGCACCAGAAGAAAGAUCAGCUGAAGUUUUACGGAGCGCUGAUGGAAGAAAGAAGAACUGACGAACAGCACCAAAAACAUUUAGAGCGUGUCGAGUUAGAAGAGAAGAAGGAGAAAGAUCAGAAGUGGGAUGAGCGACAUUGGGGCGACAAACCUUUGGAGGAGAUGUGUGAACGAGACUGGAGAAUCUUCCGGGAGGAUUUCAACAUCACAACGAAAGGUAACAAUAUUCCCAAACCGCUUCGCUAUUGGCACGAGGCUGACAUAACAGAGGAGAUACAGGAAGUUAUUAAGGAGUGUAAUUACGAGCACCCAACCCCUAUCCAAAGGAUUGCACUUCCAAUAGGACUCCAGAACCGUGAUAUUAUAGGGGUAGCUGAAACUGGGUCGGGAAAAACUAUCGCCUUCUUGCUACCUCUGUUGAGUUGGAUCCAGACGCUACCUAAGCUCGAAAGAGAGUCUGAUAUCGAUAUGGGACCCUACGCGGUGAUCAUGGCCCCAACCCGUGAGUUGGCCCAACAGAUUGAGGCUGACACUAAAGUGUUUGCUGAUAAACUAGGUAUCAGAACUGUGGCAGUUAUUGGUGGGCUGUCGAGAGAAGAGCAAGGUUUCCACCUAAGGAGAGGUUGUGAGAUUGUUAUUGCUACUCCUGGCCGGUUACUCGAUGUUUUAGAGAACAGGUAUCUGGUGCUUGAACAGUGUACGUACGUGGUUAUGGACGAGGCUGACAGGAUGAUUGACAUGGGUUUCGAAGCUGACGUACAGAAAGCUCUGUCAUAUCUCCCUGUCUCUAAUAUCAAACCAGACAACGACGAUGCAGAGAACGAUGAGAUAUUACUGAAAAACUACAACUCUAAGAAACGGUUCCGCCAAACUGUCAUGUUCACAGCCACGAUGCCUCCCUCAAUAGAAAAGCUAGCUAAAACGUACAUGAGAAGACCUGUUAUUGUUAAUAUUGGGUCUUGUGGUAAACCUGUCGACAAAGUCAAACAGGUGAUAUACAUGUCCUCUCAUGAAGCAAAGAAAAAGAAGCUCUUGUCACUAUUGGAUAGUGGGAUUGAGGCUCCCAUCAUCGUCUUUGUCAACAUGAAGAAGGGUUGUGACGUAUUAGCAAAGUCACUAGAAAGACUGGGAUACCGGGCGGUAACACUGCACGGAGAUAAGAAGCAGGAGCAGAGAGAAAUAGCCCUGGCUAGUCUCAAGGACGGCUCUAAAGAUAUUUUAGUUGCAACAGAUGUAGCGGGUCGUGGUAUUGAUGUGAAGGGGGUUACCCACGUUAUCAACUACGAUAUGGCCAAAAGUGUAGAGGAUUACACCCACAGAAUCGGAAGAACAGGUCGAGCUGGCAAAUCAGGUACUGCCAUAACCUUCCUUACUCAAGACGACUCUCACCUGUUCUUCGAUCUUAAAGAAAUGGUAUCUAAAUCUCCUGUAAGUACGGUGCCUACAGAAUUAGAACGACAUCCUGACGCUCAACAUAAACCCGGUACAGUAUUGAACAAAAAGAGGAAGGAAGAAGUCCUCUUCAUUGGAUAGACGGAUGCUUUCUGGGGAUCUACUCUGCAAAAACAUUUUAACAUAAUAUUAUUUAAUGUCAGGAUUGUUUGUUGUGACUCGGAGCAAGCGAGUAACGGACCAGUUUUUGUAAAGUGCUAUGAAAGAUUUUGACAUUCUUUUAGGAACUUUGACAUUCAAAGUGUUUUUUUAGAGUGUACUGUACCCUCUAAAUUUAAUAGGAUGAUAAUUGAUAAGGCCAGGCAUACAGUGGCGGGCUCAUUUGGGGAACUAGAUUUGUUACAAAUAUGUUUCACUGUAUUUAAGUGACUGAUUAUAUUGACUCUAUUAUAGAUCUUUCAGAUCAAUCUAUGUCCAAUCCAUCAUUUAUGAUGGUCAAUUUAUCUCAUUUGAAAUUCAUCUUUUAAAUUGAGUUGGAGGUUUUGUUACUGAAAAUUGAAUUGUAAGUUUUACCUUAAAGAUUACUCGGAUGUGCGUUCAAAAGUUUGGUCAGAAUUUUAAAAACGAACUUCUUUUAAGUUUCCAUAAACGAUACUGUUUAGGCAUGUCAACUGUUCGAGAUGCUAAAUAAUGGCGACCAUAUGCUGCAAAAUUUAUAGAAGUGAUUGCUUUCGCAAAUUUAAAGCAUAUCCAUUCCACAAGAUUCGUUCAAACUUUUCACCGACCAUUCGAUCAUUUGUUCGACCGGUGAACACGCAUCCUGGUUAGUACGAUCCAUUUGUUGACUGUCAUUAAAUGAAUAUUUAAAUUCCCCCUU